AUGGCGACGGUGACGUCUUCUAUCAAUUACACGGCGCCACUGGAUCUCUACAAGGUUGAGAAACCCUUCUACUCUAACGUUCCUGCUCCGGAUGGCCGGCAAAGCAACCAGGUUGCCUGGAAAUACGACGCCAUCGAGUUCCAUGACAUCCGUGCUGAUGUCUCACGGUUCACCCUCGACGAGAACGGAUUCGAGAUCUUCCGGUUUGGAGAAGAGUCGGAAGAAGGAGUCGACAAGUUUGACUCGGACUCCUGGAUAGAGCAAAGCUACUAUCCGGUCGUUGAGAGCCUGCUCAAAGCCCGCUUGGGAGACGUUGUUGUCAAAGUCUUUGAUCACACAGUCCGCAGGCGGAAGACCGCGUCGGAUCUGCUGCAGAUCGCGGGGAAGUACAUCCGUGCAACACGCCAGCCCAGUUUCUCUGCGCAUUGUGGUUUUCCCUUUGUCCAAGACCAAACGCUCUUGAGCGGAGAGAAUCGUAUCAAAUUCCACAUGGGACCGGCGGCGGCGGAUCUGCUGAAAAGACGGUGCCGGAUCAUUAACGUUUGGAGGCCGCUCUUUGGGCCACUCGAGGACUGUCCGCUGACCUACUGUGACUGGCGCACGGUCGACAUAGCCAGGGACUACAAGCCAGCGGACCUCAUAUUCCCUCACUACAUUGGGGAACAAUACUUGGUUACACAGCAUCCGGACCAUCGUUGGCAUUUCCUCAGUGGACAGCGCACCAACGAGUUCACGCUGCUAAAGUGUUGGGACAACAGGACCGAUGUGGCUCGAUCUGCGUGA